GUAGAAGAGGGACCGAGGAAAGAGAUGAAUAGAAGGCACCAGAACCACUUACCAUGACCAAGUACGCUGUAAAUGUAGGACAGAAAUUCGAGUGGAAUACAAACGGAUCAUUAAGAGACACAUUCGAGGGAAAAUCAUGUUUGGAUGUGCCUUAUCUGAAUCAAAUAUUUUUCAAUAUGGUACCACAUGCGAUCAAAGGAAUACAGGGAAACAAUUUUUCCUCCCAAAUAUCUCGCGCAUUUUGAAACGGGAAAGAAGAGUGGCAGUUAAAUACAUCCCCGUGGUUUCUUAUUCUCGUUAUCAAUGGUAGGCAUUGCAUAAUUCACCCUUGUCCACUGGAGCCAUUUGGGUCCUCCUGCUUUGGAAGAGGGGGGACGCCAGAAAAAAACGACAAAAUCCUGAGGCUGCCUCUUCGGUGGUGCCUGCAUUUGUUUGACAAUGCCCUUUUCACUUUUAGGAAGGACUUGCACACAGUAGCAGGGGAACCAGCACGGGAAGGAUGCAUUUAACGCUGGAUGUGUGCUGCAUUCAGAGAGAUUCGGCAGUAAUAGCAGCUUUAACAAAAGCAGCGAGUGCGGAGGGCCUGGGAAGCACCCAGCCCCACUAUCUCCUCCUUUUCCUCCCCCCCUGCAGGACCAUGCUUGCGUGAGGGAUGAGGCCGUGCACAGGGACACCAGGCCAGAGCUGCGGCCUACUUCUCACAAGAGCCGGUCUCUCGACUGCAAGAUCUGUGAACACAUUACUACCAUCAAAUCAUCAUCUUUGGGCAUCAGGUAGAUCCAGGAGCAUGAGUAGGACUUUGAGCUGCGGGAGCAGAUGUCUGGGUAUAAGCGCAUGCGGCGACAGCACCAGAAGCAGCUGAUCGCCCUGGAGAACAGGCUAAAGGCCGAGAUGGAUGAGCACAGGCUCCGGCUGCAGAAGGAAUUAGAGACACAUGCGAACAACACUUACAUUGAGCUGGAAAGACUGGCCAAACGCCAUGUUGCUCAAACAGACAAAGAGAUGAAGUCAGUAGCAUCAGAAGAGAGAAGGAUACAGCAACAGAUUGUUGCUCAACAAAAGAGAGAGCUGACUGCUUUCUUAGAGAAUCAGAAGAAAGAAUACAGGCUGUGCAAAGACAAGAUCAAAGAAGAGAUGAAUGAGGACCCUUGUACACCCAAGGAAGAAAAGCAGGAGCGUCUGUCCAGGCACAAAGAAACAAUUCAGCGCUCUCAGGCUGAGGAGGAAGCUCACCUGCUGGCCCAACAGCGGCUGGUCUAUGAUCGCAGCUGCCGGGCCCUCAAACGCCGGAGUCUAAUCAGGCGACAUGAGUUUGAACAGGAGCAAAUGAGAGAGGAACUGAACAAGAAGAGGACACAGAAGGAGAUGGAGCAUGCCCUGAUGAUCCGACACGAUGAGUCCACCCAGGACUUGGAGCGCAGGCAGCUACAGAUGCUACAGAAGCUUCGAGUGGAACUCAUGAGGCUGCAGCACCAGACAGAGCUGGAAAACCAGGAGGAGUACAACAACAGACGGCAGAGAGAACUCCACAGAAAACACAGCCUGGAGCAGCGGCAGCAGCCCAGAAACCUCAAGAUGCUGGAGAUGCAAAUCAAGAAACAGUUCCAAGACACUUGCAAGGUGCAGAAUAAGCAGUACAAAGCUCUUAGGAACCAUCAGCUGGAAGUGUCUCCAAAAGGCGACCAUAAGACCAUCCUGAAGAGCCUGAAAGAGGAGCAGACACGCAAGCUGGCUGUUCUGGCAGAGCAGUACGAACAGAGCAUCAAUGAGAUGAUGGCUUCACAAGCGAUGCGAUUAGAAGCAGAACAAGAAAACGAGUGCCAGGCUCUGAAGCAGCAGCUGAAGCAAGAGAUGGAGCUCCUAGAUGCCUACCAGAGUAAAACCAAGUCACAGAUGGAGACCCAACAUGAGCGAGAGCAACAGAAACUUGAGCAGAAAGUCUCCAUACGGAGAGCACACCUUGAACAGAAAAUUGAAGAGGAACUGGCCGCACUUCAGAAGGAGCGGACUGAAAGGAUCAAGCACUUGCUGGAGCGUCAGGACAGAGAAAUCAGCGCUUUUGACUCAGAAAGUAUAUGCCUCGGCUUUGGAAGCCUUGGAUCUCUGGACUUCCCCAAAGAGGACAACAGAUGAAAGUGGAUCUCUCUUUAAUGGACAAACAUAUCCGUGCCCUUCUCACAUCCACUUGAGCAUUAGACACGUCCAUUGUGACAAAACUGGAUGACUUUCUCCACUACUUUUCUUCUCACUUAGAUAUUGCAUCUUCAAGUAGAGGUGUUAAUGUGCAAUGAGAGCGCCUUUUGGGAAACUUGAAGGGAGAAAGUAAAACAAAAGAAUUGACAACAUGUCAAAUAAAAAGCUAACUUUGUCAGUGUAACUUAAUGUGUUCAAAAUACCAGACUCUUUCCUCCAUGCCAUUUCCUCCUUUUGGUAUGAAUUGAAUAAAUCAGGAAAUUUUAGUAAAAUGGGCACUUUGAUAUGUUUAAGUAGAAACCCAUCAUGUUCAUAUGAUGCUAACUGUGUGUUACAUGAAGGGACAUUGUGGAAUGUGAGCUGCGGAUUCCCCCGUGGUGUUAAGCUGCUUUGUCUUUUUUUUUUUUCAUUAUUAUUUUAUUUAGUUCUAUUGAUUUGAUUUUAAUCUCUGAAUGUGAAUAUUACUGUAUGGGGUCACUGGUUAUUCAGAAUUUAUUAGUUUUUCAAAGGUUUUCAUUCAGUCUUAUUGUGCUAAUGCAUACAGUAAACUGUGGUCCCUCACUUUUCUAGGCAACAGAUCCUUUCUUUUAUUUGAUAUGUAGAAUGAAUUGGCAUUAGCUUGAUCAACCUGUUUAUCUUCUCACAACUCAAGAUCCCACUUGGUAAAACUGCUUAUUAUUGCAUGCACUUUAAGGACAAAUUCAGGUUGUGAAGUGAAGCAUGAAUCUGUCAGAGAUUUUUAGCUGUUUGUAAAUAAAAAGUGGUCAUAGCGUUUUUUUUCUUUAAAAAAAAAACAAACUUUUUUUUAAUCAUUUGUUUUAAGCCUAUGGAUGCUGGACAUAAGCGCCAUAUUUGAUAUGAUAAUUUCACAAAUGCCUUUAUUUAAGGUGUGCCUGAAGCAAAUUUCAGUUAUGUGUUUGUUAUAUCUAUAUUUUACUGAUUGAGGCUGGCACCAUAUUAUUUUGGGUUUGUCCAAACUUGUGAAUCAUUUAAUGUUCACUACUCUUGUAAAGGAAAAUGGUGAGAAUUGUGCUGUAUAAUUUUUUAUAUGAAUAUUUGUACAUGAGAACAUAGCUAGAAUAUACAGAAACACUGGUCUAUUACUGAAAACAGAGCUUAAUGAUAAAGAUAUUGCUUCGUGCUUUUUUUUUUUUAUAAUAUUGAGAAAUGGUCAUACAAUAGCUCAAUAUAUUACUAGGUCAAAUAACUAGACUUUCAGAUUGUAUAAAUGCUGGUAAGAGGAACCACAGACUUCUUAUAGUAUCAGUGUUGAUAUUUUACAGAUCAGUCUUUACAAAAGCAAACAUAACAAGAUGUGGGUCUGGACUGCAUUUGAGUUAUUAGUGUCUGAGGAUAAGAUUUACAUAUUUUUCACCAUGUUCAUUAUGGUCAUUGAACAGGUUGCACAAUUAUUCCAUUUGUAGUGAAUGGAAAGAUAAUUGUUUGGUGCUUAAUUUCUAAUACCACCUUUAGCCUUGUAGUUUUUUGUCUUAGAGAAAAAAUUGAUUUUUACAAAAUAUAAACAUUUUGCAACCCCACUCUGAGUCAAAACACUACUUAGUUUUAUUGGUGAGAGUGCCCCAUGCAGUGAAAUCCUCUAAAAAUGAAGUUUAUGUAUGGAAAAAUAAAUGCUAUUUUAUCAUGGGUCAGUUUUUGAAACACUGUUUGAUGUGGUGGUCUUGAAUGCAACCCUGUUAUGUUUGACAGGUGUUUCUAUUCUUGUCUUUUUUAUGUUAUUUUCCUCAGAGCUAAUACUUGUAUUAAUGUUGAGUCAUAUUCCUCACAGGGCUGAAAUCUGGAAGAUGUCCCCUGAAUCCAUAAAGUAUUUUAAAGGGAGGAAUCUAAUAUCUUUUGGUUUCUGAUGGCAAUAGAACCUAAAUAUUCUUGCCGAAUUUUGUUUGACCAGAGUGUGUUCUGAACUUGAAUGGCACCACUAGAUUUUUCCAGCCAUUUACAUUUUUCUGUGAACUUUCUGAAAUUUGAUGAAAACUUAUCUCAUAUGCAGUAAGGCCUUUUGUGUGGUCAUGUAUUACUAAAGCUUUGUGGACAAAUGAUUGCAUAAAAAAAAAUCUGUUGGGGUGCUUGGA